AUGGCUUCUUCAGCCGACUUCAUGAUCCCACCGGGGUCUCUGGUUGUGGUUACGGGGGCCAACGGUUUCAUCGCCAGUCACGUCGUGGACCAACUUCUUCAGGCCGGCUUUCGGGUCCGUGGGACUGUGCGUAGCCAGAAAAAAGGUGGUUGGACGGUGGACUAUUUCAAUGGGAAAUAUGGGGCCGGGAAAUACGAGCUGAUUGAGGUACCAGAGAUGGGCGAUCCAGCAGCUUUCGAUGAAGCGGUGAAAGGCGCGGCUGGUUACAUCCAGAUGGCUACACCGGUCAUGGAGUCGUAUGACCCCCAUAAGGCUGUGCCGAAUGUAAUCAAUGGUGUAUUGAACGGAUUGAAAGCAGCCGCAGGCGAACCGUCCAUCAAGCGGUUUGUGAUGACCUCAUCGUCAACCGCAGCUGUUAGUCCUCAGCCCAACAAGGAGUUUAGCGUGACUCCCGAAACCUGGAAUGACGAGGUUGUGAAGCAAGCAUGGAAACCCCCAUAUGAGGGUGUACAGAAGAAGCUGGACGUUUACGCUGCCACCAAAACGGAGAGUGAGAAAGCUGCAUGGGAGUGGGUCGAAGAGAACAAACCCAACUUUGUGCUCAACGCUGUCCUACCCAACGCUAAUAUGGGGAAAGUACUCAGUGUGGAAGGUCAAGGGGCACCAAGCACUGUGGGUUGGAUCAAGGCUCUUUGGAACGGAUUCGAAGGCCAGGAAGACCUUAAGGAAAACCCACCUCAGUAUUUCGUCAAUGUCCAAGACACGGCCAGGGUGCAUGUAGGAGCACUCCUGUACGCAGAUAUGAACAGUGAACGACUAUUUGCUUGGGCGGCUCCAUACAACUGGAAUGACAUCCUCGCCAUUUUGAGGAAGUUGCACCCAAAUCACAAUUUCAUUGAAGAUAUCCCUGACCUUGGACGAGACCUGAGCAAAGUUUCAAAUGAGAGGGCAGAGGAGAUUGUCAAGCGGUUUGGGAGACCAGGCUGGACAAGCUUGGAAGACUCGAUCCGUGACACAACAGCAGGUUGGGCAUGA